AUUGAUUUGCUUUAAGGAGGUGUCCCCUCUCCUCCACCCCUCUUUCCUCUCUACUCCGUCUUCGCUCAGUGGUCUGUAGAGACUCGGUGCGUUCAAAUGCAUUCGGUGUUCUAUAGCAGCAGCACCAGCCGAGGCGUCUCAGUGCAGGGGCAGCACGGGCACCCCGAUGGCAGUCAGUGCAACAGACUGCGUUAGCCAGACGACCAGCGCGCGCUUGCAUCCGUGCUUCUUCUCAACCCCUAAUAUCCUCUAACGAGAGGGGUGCCCACGUCCGUUUUUGGAUUAUCGCUUUCUUUAUUUUUUUUUCCUCCCUCAUUCAGUCCGAUGAGGAAGAACUGGUGACGAUGUACGUGCGAUGGUGGAUUUCCCUUUUGUGGGUCUAUGGAGUGUUCUUCAUCGUUUAUUCCAGCAAUCUUAUGCCUGAAAAUGGAGACGCCUUGUUGAAGACGAAGGCUGUUCGUGAUGCGAGCAGGUUCGUUGGGAAGGAGGAUACAGUCCCUCUCCGUCUACUUUACAGCAUGCAUAACCGCAGCCAAAUCCCGCACGAUGUCCUCAACACCAGAACUAGAGCCAGCACCAGCCCCACACAGUCACAAGUGAAUCAUGUGGCCCAAGCCAGCUUCCAGGUGGACGCUUUUGGAGAGAAGUUCAUCUUGGAUGUGGAACUGAACCAUGAUCUCCUGUCUUCAAAAUACGUGGAGAGGCAUAUUUCCGACGAUGGGAAGGCUGUCGUCUCCAAAGGAGGAGAACAUUGUUACUACCAGGGGAAAGUGCGGGACAUCCCUGAAUCCUUCGUUGCCCUCUCAACCUGCCAUGGCAUGCAUGGGAUGUUUUUUGAUGGGAAUCACACCUACAUGAUUGAGCCUGGAGGGAAGGACAGCAUCGGCGGCGAUAUCCAGAUCCACAUGAUCUAUAAAUCAGCUGGACAAGAGGCUCUAGUCAACUACCUGCCUAAUGUCAACCUCCCAGAGCCUCCUUUCCCAAGUCCUCCAUUUCCUGGCUCAAAGGUUGCCCACAAGAGGAGAAAGAGACAGGCCGUGCGGUUCGGGACCAGUGUGGAUGAGGAGACCAAAUACAUUGAACUCAUGGUGAUCAACGACCAUCUUAUGUAUAAGAAGCAUCGUCUGUCUGUUGGUCAGACCAAUAACUAUGCCAAGUCUGUGGUCAACAUGGCUGAUAUGAUCUUCAAGGAGCAACUCAACACCCGCAUCGUUCUGGUCGCCAUGGAGACAUGGGCAGCUGACAACAGGUUCAACAUCAACGAUGACCCAAUGGUGACUUUGAGGGAGUUCAUGAAGUACCGACGAGACUUUAUCAAGGAGAAGUGUGACUCGGUGCAUCUCUUCUCAGGAAACCGGUUUCAUAGCAGCUGGGGAGGAGCUUCCUAUAUGGGAGGAGUCUGUUCUCUAACUAAAGGAGGAGGAGUCAAUGAGUAUGGGAAGACAGAUGAGAUGGCUAUAACCCUGGCCCAAUCUCUGGGACAGAACAUUGGCAUCUUUUCUGACAAGAAGAGGAUCCUCAACGGCGAGUGCAAGUGUGAGGACCGUUGGUCUGGCUGCAUCAUGGAUGACGUUGGCUUCUAUCUGCCUAAGAAGUUCUCUGACUGCAACGUGGAGGAGUACCAGAACUUCCUUAACAGCGGUGGUGGAGCCUGUCUCUUCAACAAACCCCUCAAGCUGUUGGAGCCCCCUGAGUGUGGGAAUGGUUUUGUCGAGCCGGGGGAGGAGUGUGACUGUGGCAGCCCAGCGGAGUGUGAGAGGGAGGGAGAGAAGUGCUGUCAGAAGUGUACACUCACACAAGGCUCAAAGUGUGGCAACGGACUCUGCUGCAACAACUGUCAGAUGGAGUUCAUGGGCGUGGUGUGUAGGGAGGCUGUGAAUGACUGUGAUAUCCCAGAGAACUGCACCGGUAAUUCCAGCCAGUGUCCUCCAAACAUGCACAAGAUGGACGGCUACUCGUGUGAAAAGGAACAAGGACGGUGCUUCAAUGGGAGAUGCAAGACCAAAGACAGACAGUGCAAGUACCUGUGGGGAGAAAAGGCAACUGCUGCUGACAAAUUCUGUUAUGAGAAGCUGAACAUUGAGGGGACCGAGAAGGGGAACUGUGGGAGGGACAAAGACACAUGGAUCCAAUGCAACAAACAAGACGUGCAUUGUGGGUACCUGCUGUGCUCCAACAUCUCUCCAGCCCCCCGCCUGGGAGAACUGCAGGGAGGGCUGACAUCCUUCUCUGUUGCGCAACAUAGUGCUUCUCUGGACUGCAGUGGGGGUCAUGUGAUGAUAGACGGGGACAGUGAUCUGGGCUAUGUUGAGGACGGGACCGCCUGUGGAACGGAGAGGGUCUGCUUCAACCACAAGUGUCUUCCCAUCCAGGACUUCAACUUCAGCACCUGCCCUGGGACCACAGAGAAGUCCAUCUGCUCUGGUCACGGGAUAUGCAGCAAUGAGCUGAAGUGUGUGUGUCACCUGGGCUGGGCUGGGGAUGAUUGUAACUCCACAUCUCCUCUCAGCUACCUGGUGGUUGGACCUACAGCCUCUGCUUCAGGUAUCACCAGUACUAACGUCAUCAUUGGGGCCAUCGCAGGCUCCACCCUCUUCCUGCUUCUCAUCCUGGCCGUCACAGCCUGGGGAUACAAGAACUACAGACAAAGGCGCUACGUUGAGUCAGAGGUGCACAGAAGAUUCUGCCGUCAAAUGCCUCCAGGUGACUAUGUUAAGAAGCCUGGUGAUGCUGACUCAUUCUACAGUGACAUGCCCCCUGGAGUCAGUACCAACUCAGGCUGCAGCUCCAAGAAGAGGUCUGGCUGUCUGUCUCACCUGCAGAUAAACACGCUGUCCUUCACCCACUCCAUCACCUCCAUCUCACAGAACAUCUCUCUGUUCCCAUUCAGGUCUAAUGGUCUGUCCCACUCGUGGAGUGAACGAAUCCCUGACACCAAAAAGAUCUCUGAUAUCUGUGAGAACGGUCGACCCAGGAGCAACUCAUGGCAAGGAAAUCUGAGUGGCAACCGCAAGAAGUCGAAAGGGAAGAAGUUUCGUCCUCGCUCCAACUCUACAGAGUAUUUAACCCCUCGCUUCCAAACAGAGUAUUAUGAUGUAACUAAGUGGGUAGAAGAUGUGAAUAAAAACACUGAAGGACCCUACCUUAGGACUCUUUCCCCGGCAAAGUCGCCAACCUCUUCCACAGGGUCCAUUGCGUCCAGCCGGAGGUACCCGUACCCCAUGCCUCCACUUCCCAAUGAUCAGAGGAAAGCCAACCGGCAGAGCGCCAGGCUGUGGGAGACUUCGAUAUAAAACUCCUCAUAUCUAUUCUGCCAAGCUACUUAAGAACUACAUUUUCGUUCCGCUUUUCUAUGAAUGAAAAAAAGUUAACUACUACAAAGCACCUAGUGGGAGCAGGGAGCAGACAAACGGAGGAAGAUGAGGCAUGUGUAUUCUGUACACACGAGUGUGCAAGGUCCUCCAGAACUGACCUGCCCAGUAGGGGACACUACAGAGGCAGCAGACAUUCCUACAACCACAAAGCAUGACCAGAAGGGGGCAAGACUUGACCACUAUUAGCUGGAGAUCCACCAGAGAUCAGUUUCAGCUCAGGCCCCUCUUUCAGGACACAGGACCCUUUUACUCAUUGGUGGGAACGGUUGUCAAGGUACUGGUGCAGACCCAGUUGGGGAUGUCUGCCCAAAACACUACACUUCAACAUUCCCCCCCCCACACACACACACACACACAGACCCACACUCUCCUGCCACCACCUUCAGACUAUCCAGACUUACUCCCCAGUCACCUCUGCUCUCAGUGUCCCCGAUAACAAUCCUCAGCCCCCAACCUUCCCUGUCCCUCCAAACCCUGUCCAGCCCCACCCCCGUGAUAACGCUCUCCUCUCUAAUGAGAGGUGGAGACGGCUCACUCGAGUCUAUCGUAUCGCUGGAUUUCUUUACCAUUUUGAAGCACGCUGUUGAAUCACUGUAGAAAACUCCAACACUGUAUGCAUGACGAACCCCUGUUUAUUAAAUCCUUCCAGUGUCGUGAAGAAGACAUCUGUGAUGGACAGCAUGCGGGGGACCAGUUUCUUUACAUUACUAGCUUCUUCUGUCCUGAAGAUCAGUGAGGCAUUCUGUACUGUAUCAAAUAUUAUACUAGCCAACUGCCCCUGACAUGGGCCCAAGGCCCUCCCAGUUCUUUCUCCGUCUGGUUUUCCCUGAAUGAUUUGAAUGUCGUUGUAAAUAUGUACAGCAUAGAAACUGAGUGGUGUUUUUCCUUUUUUUUUUUUUACUUCCCAAGGACAAAUGGAAGACCCUUGUCUUCUCCUGUUGCCGUGUUUCAUGUCGUAGACAGACGGGGUCUCUGUAGGUCUGUGUAAAGACCCCCCACUCAACCUUUUUCUGUCUGUGUUUUUGUAUUCUGUCCUGUAGGCCUGUCUCUCUUUUCUCUUAAGUCUCUGGCCUCCCGUGUGGCUGUGACCUCCGCAGCAGAAUGUAGUUGUUCUGUAGUUCUUCUGUGACAACCCCCUCAUCCCAGUACUGCAUACUCACAGCCCAUAAGAAGACCCUAAACAUAAGGAUGUCAGUGAUUUACAACAUUGCUUGAGUAUGUUAUGGUUUUGGAUAUUGAUGAUAGUAAACAUCAACUAAGAUUGUGGGGAAACAGACACUAGAUAGUUUCAUGAACCCUUCCUUGCUACAGAGGGAGAGAACAAGUGUUUUGGUGUAGUUCUAGAUGUGAAAUACAUUCAUCUUCAUUGCUUUAAUCUGGUCAUGGUGGUUUAGAGAAUGUUGCGUUACAGUCAGCAGGGCAGUCCUUCCUCACUCUGGUCUGUAUGUACAAUAUGACAUCACACAAUUGGAACCUACACUACCGCUGAGACUCGACUGGAAACUGUCAGUGGUUUCAGAAAAACUAGAGAAACUGGAAUAUUUUCUUAAUAAGAUUAUUUGAUUUCUUUUUUCCCUUAUGUACUUUUUCCUGACCUGAAUGCAAAUUAUGAACUGUCCUGUAAAGUGCUGGCAGUUUCAGCUUUAUGAGACCAACAGACUGACGAGUGAAGCUACAAACACUCUAACCGCUGUACUCCAGUAACCAGUCUGUGACAAUGUAAUAUGAAAUAAGCAGGUCCUUGGAAUACCUUUUCCUUGACUGCCAAUUGCUGUUAUUUUUGUCAAUUUUCAUACCACAAACUUACGUUCAGUAGUGAAGAAUUUUUCAACAAAAUAAACCAGGUUUUAUAAAUUAUUUUUGAUGGCCCAAGGAAUCUAGAUGUGGCUAAAUAUUCAGGUUAAGGUCCUUACCCACUCAGAGUAGGUAAAGUGUGUAUACGCACUGAUCCAAAGUCAGCGAUGUAUUUGACCUUCCCCUGAAAUGUCUUGAACUGGGAAGUGGUAAGAUGAUCUUAGAUCUGUAGCUAAAGGGCAAUUUCCCUGUACACAACUCACAACCCUCAUCCUGUAGAUACUGUACUGUCCAUAUCAGUUAGGCCUGUUGUGUUGUUGCGUAGUUUAAAAUGUGGGCACUGGUUGUUUUGAUUUUCUACUGUAUGCACUAUGACUGUAUAAAUAUUAAGGUCACCACCACAUCGCGUUAAUAUUGCUAAUGUACGAAGUAUCAAGGUUUUUCUUUUUUUUACUCUUAAGUACUAGUUUACUCUUUACAAUGUUCACUAUUGCUCAGUGUUGUGUACAGCCGUUAAUCAGACAAAGUGCAUUAUUGUUCUUACGUGCAUUGAUGAUGGAGCAAGGACAUGAUACGGUAAUUAACGUCUUUGUUAUUGCACACGCGUCAUAGACUGCUGUGGCAUGUGCAGAUCUAUAUGGCAUCUAUGGUAUGAGGAUGGAACACAGCUUACGGCAGCAUGGGGGUGUGUUU